CGAUGACGGAAAAAGACGAGAUUUAUAAAAUAAUUCCAUUGCAGGGAUUGACUAACUUGCGUAAUGCAACUAAUGAUUCACGGACGUUCAUCUGGCAACGUCAUGCAGGUACCGCUACAUGUCGUGCUGCUUCUUAUAUUCACUUUAAGAGGACAAUUCGCGGAGGAAAUUUGGGAGCAAGAUUUGUCCAUGGACAUGCAAAUUGGGGCUUCCACAAAAGGAUAUGAUCUGGUCGCCUUACGCUGUGGGGCAGAAAGAAUGGUAGUGGGUCUGCAAACAUCGGAAAAUUUUUCAGGUGUGAUAUACACACGAGGUAGUUUCUAUUCCAGACAACCAUCGUGUUUCUUGAAUCCUGAUCAUGGUGGAAACUUCACUAUGACUAUUCCCUUCGACCAGUGUGACACAGAAAAUGUUGAUAACAAAUAUCGGAACACCUUGGUUCUUCAGCAUGACGAUGAGCUAAUUACUCCUGGUGACGCUGCUUUUAUCUUGGAGUGUGACUUUUCCAAGCCCAGAGAUCUCAUAGUGUCAGCAGAAUUGCCUGGAACUGAUAAAAAAGAGGUAAGAUCGAGUAUAUCUCUAGUGGACGCCGAUCCAGGAAGAGAUAAAACGAAGAGGUCUGGGUACGUGGAGAGCGAUACCAACGAAGUUGUCUUUGUGCCUAACUCGGUCAUCAAGAUUAACGACGAGUUAUAGAUCAUUGUCUAAUACAUUUUGUAAUAAAGCUUACUUCUAUUUUUAAA